UCGGCGGCCGCGCGCAGCACGCUUGGGGCCCGGAUGGCGGCGGCGGCGGCUGGAAAUGGGACACCCCGCGAGGAGGAGGGGCCCAGUGGGGAGGCAGCGGCCCCGCCGCCGCAGGCCCCGACGAGUGUGCCCGGAGCUCGUCUCUCGAGGUUGCCAUUAGCGCGAGUGAAGGCCUUGGUGAAGGCGGACCCCGACGUGACCCUCGCGGGACAGGAAGCCAUCUUCAUUCUGGCACGAGCAGCGGAAUUAUUUGUGGAGACCAUUGCAAAAGAUGCCUACUGCUGUGCUCAACAAGGAAAGAGGAAAACCCUUCAGAGGAGAGAUUUGGAUAAUGCAAUAGAAGCCGUGGAUGAAUUUGCUUUUCUGGAAGGAACUUUGGAUUGAUUGCUGAGCUGGGCAGUUUUGUGAGCCUUUGGAUUGAUUGCUGAGCUGGGCAGUUUUGUGAGCCUUCACCUGCGUCCUUUGGACAGCCCCUCUCCUGCAGGCCUCAUCUUUGAAGAACGGAGUAUUUGGAAUAUUGUACUUAUAUGCUUUUCCUGUCCUACCUUCACCUAAGCCGAGAUAAGCAGAGAUCUCACAUGUUAGCUUUUCUCUACAAGGUCUUCCACCUACUGUGUCUUCCAUUUAGGCUUGGAUGCAGCCUAUGCUGUUUGAGGCAGAGAAAAAGAAAAUGAUUUGUGUAGGUUGCUUAAUGAAUGAUGAGGAACAUAAUAAAGGUUUCUGAUCAAUU